AUGGAGCCCACUGGACGCCAGAACACUGCGGAAGGCGUGACUGAUUUCAGAGCUCUCCGAGCAAAAUUUCAAAAUGACUCCAGCUUGGCCAACAAGCUGGUGCAGCCGUGCAAGAAGCCUCCCACUGAAAUCCCUCCCAGGCUGGGCUCUGGAGGUAACGCUGUGUCCAGCCCUCUGCCCCUGAGUAAGAGAGAAGCGAUAAUACCAAAAUCCAAGGAUGAACCUGCCCAUCCUGCCUCCCAACCCUCUGCGCUCACCCAACGCAACCCCUUGGCGUGGCCUCGAGCCCAGCUGGGUUAUGUGGAGCAAAUGGGGCACAAUGAAGAGCACAAAGGCAAUGUCUUGGAGAAAGAGCUGAGGUCUUCUGAGAAUGGUCCAGAGCAGCCUCUGCCAUCUUAUUGCACUGACCAGCAAGGAUCAGCCCAAACAGCUCCAGAGGGCCCUCCGCUCCCAAAUUCUUUCCACCGUGCCUUACGGAUCUGGGAAAAUACUUUAUCCUGCAGUGAGAAAGCAAGUGCAAUGCUCCCAAACCCACGGGCGACAAACUUAUACGUGCACCCCUGCCUGGAGCAGAGGGCGUUGCGUAGUCCUGCUGCAUUGGGCAGCAGCAGGACACUACUGUCUGGAAGCAAGCCCAUGCUGGACUUGCCUGCCUGGAAGAAGGAUGCUCUGUGUGGCACGGGGCCGGCUCUCCUCCAGCCAGGUUAUCGUGCACCAAGACAGCAACCUCAGCACCAGAAAGAAUCAGAGCCUCCUUUCUGCCAGCCAGGAGCAGGAAAAUGCUCUCACAACCCUGGGAACAAGCGGCCAAGAAUUAAACCUCUCCCUUCAGCUGAAUUCCUGGGUCCUGCCCCUGGGAAGCCUGCAAGACCCCCAAAGUUUGACCUCAGUGCUUUCCGAAGCACUGUGCCUUCAGUCCACAGAGGAAAUGAAACAACUGCUGAUGAAGAGGAUUACUUGACCCCAGAAAGUGCUCAACUUGAAGGGCAACAUAAUUACGAAGAAACCUGCACGCACCUGAAUCAGUCUGGGGACACCACCACCUUGUCUGUCAUUGAAGUACCUAAGGCAAAGCCUCAAGAACACAAGAAACAGAAGACUUUUCUCCUUGCCAAAUCCAGCCCUGGAAGACCUACAGUGAAUGAUGAAACCGAGAUAAAAAGAAGCCUUGAAAGAGAGAAUCAGAUAGCAAAGAAAAUUUUCACGACAGGUGGAAAUGAAUACCUAUCUCCCACUAGCCAAACCAAGGAAGAUCAUGGAGGUGGGAUGAAGGUGCUGCAAGUGAAGCAGGAUGUGACCAGUAACCAGACUGCAAAGCCUCCUACCCCACAAGGGCUGGCAAAAGACAGAGCGGAGCUCUUGCGCUACGUGUAUGUUGGUGCUCCAAAGCCAGGGGUAGGAAGAACAGCCUUGAACCAAAACACUGGGCAGUCUCUGCAGGCACCGGAGGAUAUAUAUGAUGAUGUUGAGCACAUGCAAGAUAGACUCAGCCACGGGUCAGAUGCCUCAAGUCCGUUCGCUUCAGCCAGCAUUUCAGGAAACAGCUACGAAGAAACAUAUGAAGAUGUUGAGACUGGGGGUGAUAAUCCAGCAAAAAUGGAGACAGAAAAACAAAAAAGAUAUGGAAACUUGUUUAAGAUAGAAAGGUUGAAGCUGAAGAAUACCAGAUUCAAGGAAAACUUAAGAUUGUUUUCCAUUUCAGUACCAAAUUUAGAGGCUGUUUCCCAGGAGGACAUGGUGUACGACGAUGCUGAGGUGGGGCAGAGAGCACCGAGAGAGGAGGACCACAAGUACAAAACCUGGAUGCUGAAAUUUCUAAUGGCAAAAGAGGAUAAGGACCAAAGGAAAAGCAGCAACGACGUGGAAAGAAACAUCUUCAAAGUCAAGAAGAGCAAUGCAGAAAAAAGCAAGAAGAUGGGAAAAGAAGAAAAGGUUUUUAGAGAAACAUUUAUGUAUGACAAGGAGAUCAGUGUCAUUAACACAGCCACUGCUGAGUGCUCGGUCCCCAGUAAGAGGAGAGUUGAUCUCCCGGUCACAGCUGGAGAACAGCUGGACGUUAUCGAUGUCACGGAGGACAACGCAGUGAUUUGCCGCAAUUCAGAGGGCAGAUAUGGGUAUGUUCUAGUGGAGCAUUUGAACUUCAGGUAA